AUAGUUUUUGCAACAUGUGCGGAAUAUUAUAACGAGAAAGGGGAGGUGGGGGUGGAAGAAACGUAGGUAGCCCCACCUAGGUGGGCCCAGUGAGUAGAAACCCCGGCGGCGGUGGUGCACCUCCAUUAGAGCCAUAGCUACUCAGACUCAAACAAACACAAAUAAACACUUUCUCUCUCUUAUUCUCUCCAUGUCGGAGAUGGCCAACACCGAUCCCGAAGGCAUUGACGGAGUCCGCAUGACGUGGAAUCUCUGGCCACGCACCAAAGUUGACGCCAGCAAGAGCGUGAUUCCACUCGCCGCCACCAUCUCCCUCAUUCGUCCCCACCCUGACAUCCCCACACUCCCCUACGCCCCUCUCCGCUGCAAAACAUGUUCCUCAAUCCUCAACCCCUUCUCGCGCGUCGACUUCUCCGCCAAGAUCUGGAUCUGCCCCUUCUGCUACAGCCGCAAUCACUUCCCCCCUCAUUACGCCCAAAUCUCCGAAACGAACCUCCCCGGCGAACUCUAUCCUCAAUACACCACUCUACAAUACUCCCUCCCCAACCCUAACCCUAACCAUAAUCUCUCUCUUUCACCCGUUUUCCUCUUCCUCCUCGACACCUCCAUUAUCCACGAGGAGCUCGAAUUCGUUAAAUCGGCUCUUAGACAAGCGAUCGGUCUUCUCCCCGACAAUGCCCUCGUCGGUUUCGUCUCGUUCGGCACGCAGGUUCAGGUUUACGAGUUGGGAUUCUCCGAUAUGUCGAAGGUUUACGUGUUCCGCGGGAGUAAGGAGAUUUCUAAGGAGCAGGUUUUGGAGCAGUUGGGUCUCGCCGGCGUUUCCGUUAGGAGGCCUUAUCAGAAGGGGAUUGGGAUGCAGGCUCAGCCUCUUCCUGCUGCUGCUGCUGUGACCAGGUUCUUGCUGCCUGCUUCUGAUUGUGAAUACACUCUCAAUUCGCUAUUGGAUGAAUUGCAGACGAACCAGUGGCCUGUUUCGCCGGGAAGUCGUCCUGCACGGUGCACUGGGGUGGCUUUGAGUGUUGCGGUCGGGUUGCUUUCUGCUUGUAAUCCUGGGACUGGGGCUAGAAUCAUAGCAUUGGUUGGGGGUCCGUGUACAGAAGGACCGGGCUCGAUUGUGUCCAAAGAUCUAUCUGAUCCAGUGCGUUCUCAUAAAGAUCUUGAUAAAGAUGCAGCACCAUACUUCAAGAAAGCAGUCAAGUUUUACGAGGGUCUGGCAAAACAGCUGGUUAGCCAGGGCCAUGUUUUAGAUCUAUUUGCAUCAGCCCUUGAUCAGGUUGGAGUUGCAGAAAUGAAAGUUGCAGUUGAAAAAACUGGUGGCCUUGUUGUCCUGUCUGAAAGUUUUGGUCAUUCAGUCUUCAAGGACUCUUUUAAGCGUGUUUUUGAGGAUGGAGAGCAAUCUCUUGGUCUUUGUUUCAAUGGGACACUAGAGAUUAAUUGCUCCAAGGAAAUCAAAAUUCAGGGUAUAAUUGGACCUUGCACAUCAUUGGAAAAGAAAGGGCCUUCUGUUGCUGAUACUGUGAUAGGAGAGGGAAAUACAACAGCUUGGAAAUUGUGUGGCCUUGACAAGAGUACGUGCUUGACUGUGAUGUUUGAUCUUUCAUCAAGUGAUCGGUCAAACACUCCAGCUGCUGCUAACCCACAGUUGUACCUGCAGUUCCUUACAAGUUACCAGAGCCCCGAUGGUCAAUCAGUGCUUCUGGUCACCACAGUAACCAGACAAUGGGUAGACGUUGCUGUUGGCUCUGAGGAAUUGAUCCAAGGAUUUGACCAAGAAACCGCUGCAGUGGUAAUGGCCAGACUUGCUUCUCUGAAAAUGGAGACAGAGGAAGCAUUUGAUGCCACACGAUGGUUGGACCGCCUACUCAUUCGCCUCUGCUCUAAAUUUGGUGACUACCGCAAAGAUGAUCCAUCUUCUUUUACAUUAAACCCUUCAUUCUCAUUGUUUCCCCAAUUUAUGUUCAAUCUCCGAAGAUCACAGUUUGUACAGGUUUUUAAUAACAGUCCAGAUGAGACCGCAUACUUCCGCAUGUUGUUAAACAGGGAAAAUAUAAGUAAUGCAGCUGUCAUGAUUCAGCCAUCUCUUAUAUCAUAUUCAUUUAAUUCACUGCCUGCACCAGCAUUGUUAGAUGUGGCUUCCAUUUCUGCGGACCGGAUUUUGUUGCUUGAUGCAUAUUUUAGCGUAGUUAUUUUUCAUGGAAUGACAAUAGCUCAAUGGCGCAACAUGGGAUACCAGAACCGGCCAGAACACCAGGCUUUUGCACAACUAUUACAAGCUCCACAUGAUGAUGCCCAAAUCAUAAUUAGAGACCGUUUCCCUGUUCCUAGAUUGGUAGUGUGUGAUCAACAUGGUUCCCAAGCUAGAUUUUUAUUAGCAAAGCUGAAUCCCUCAGCAACAUACAAUAAUGCACAUGAGAUGGCUGCUGGUUCAGAUGUAAUCUUCACUGACGACGUGAGCCUUCAAGUUUUCUUUGAGCAUCUGCAGAGGCUGGCUGUCCAAUCUUGAUAAUAGUGACUGACAGUUAUGGGUUUAUGGGUUUUGGACUUUGGUUCAGACAAUGCACCAAUGAUGUUUCCUACGUUUUGCUGUUCCAUUCUGUUAUUUUCCUUUCUUUUCUUUGUUCUUAAAGGAGAGUAGGUCGUAGCCCAUAUCGAUUGAGGAAUAAAGAAAGUUCUGAUAUGUUAUUCUUUUAGGGCUAUGGUCGGAUUUUGUUCAUGGAGAAAAUAAAGGGCUCGAAAGUAUAUAUGUAUUGAGUUUGGGUAUUGCGGAAAGAAAGGAUAAUGAAAUUUAAGAGCUGCUUCUGUGACAACAGCAAUGCAAAUGAGUAGAUAAUUUGAUCACUUUUUUUCCUUAUUUGUUUUGGCCCAGAUCUGGUUCCAUUUAUUCAGUGAUUUACUUUUACCAUGCUCCCUAGGUUGCAAGUAAUUGAUGUCAUUUUGUCAUAUUGGGUUUCGGUACUAUUUACACUUUGCAAUCUUGUACAUUUAGGAUUAUAGGACAUAACCUGGUGCAAUUAAUACUUUUUUAUGGU